AAUGCUACAUUUACUCGAAUUGUUUUGCGGGAUGCUGAACCUAAAGCAUGACUGUAUUCAUGCUCUGUGCCGGAAAAUGUGAUUAUUUCUGCAGAGUACAGAUUUUCAUGUGAAGAUGUCUUCAUUAGUGGACUAUGAAGAUUCAGAGUCAGAGGAUGACUCGCUGGAUCAGAGAGUAGAAGGAGCAACAGAUUCUGCUCAAACAGAAGAAAACCAAGACACUAAUUUUGUCAAGGUUAUACCUUACCCUGGAAGAUUUGUGUCUGACCAGACAGUGUGGGAAUAUCAUCAAAAUAUGGCAGAAACAAGCAGGUCUUCACUCCAUCCUCACUCCCAGCCACAGAGCUUUACUAAAUCGAAAAGAAGAUGUGGAGGUGCAGCAGAUUUUAGAAAUACUGAAACAUCUUUGAAUUUGCCUGAUAGUCAGAGGGAGAUGGCAUCCCCACAGGCUCUUCCAUGCAUGCCACAAAGUUUAGGCAAUGCUGCAAACUUGGCAAAAAGACAGCAAACUGUCCCAUCUGGUGUCAGACCAUAUAUCCCUAAGAGGAAGAGACUUGCCACUUCAGAAGGAGUGGAGCUAAAGCACCCAGCAGAGCAAGUCCUAGGGAAUCAGGCCAGAGAAAGUCAGAUUCUCUCAGAUGUGUCAGCAAGACUGAAGCCAUAUCUUGCUCAAACGCCCAGCAUGACAGGGAUACCCAGGAGGCUUCUGAUGAGCCUGGGAGGCCACCAGGGCCCAGUCAACACAGUGCAGUGGUGUCCUUUGCCCCAUGUCAGCCAUCUGUUGCUGUCUGCCUCCAUAGACAAGACUUUCAAGGUGUGGGAUGCAGCAGAGAGCGGGCGAUGCCUCAGGGUUUACACCUGCCAUUCGGGAGCUGUGCGCAACGCCUGUUGGACCCCCUGCGGGCGACACUUUCUCACUGGCUCAUUUGACAACACGACUGUGAUCACUGAUGUGGAGACGGGGCAGCCAACAGUGAAAGUGGACAACGAGUUUAAGGUGAUGUGUGCGGCCGUGCAUCCCAGCAACCCGGAGGUUUUCCUGUGUGGAGGUUACAGUUCAGCAGUCAAGGCGUGGGACUCUCGCAGCUGCAAGGUGGUGAAAGUUUACCAAGCCGGCAUCCAGCAGACCUUGGACAUAGUCUUUCUGAGAGGCGGUGUGACUUUUAUAACAAGCUCUGACUGCGUGAGCAGAGACUCUGCAGACCGCACCCUCAUUGCCUGGGACUAUGAGACCACAGCCAAAGUCUCCAACCAAAUCUACCAUGAGCGUUACACGUGCCCGGGCCUGGCUCUCCACCCGCUGGAAGACUCCUUUGUUGCCCAGACCAAUGGGAACUACAUAGCAGUGUUCUCCUCCCAGCAGCCGUAUAGAAUGAACAAAAGGCGGCGGUACGAAGGACACAAGGUAGAGGGAUAUGCAAUAAAGUGUGGCUUUUCUCUGGAUGGAACUAUCCUGGCCUCAGGGAGCUCCACUGGCUCCGCUCACUUCUAUGAUUAUCACACAGCUCAUAUGCUUCACACCCUCCGUGCCCAUAGCCAGCCCUGCCUUUGUGUGUCUCAGCAUCCCGUCUUACCUACGACUGUGGCUACUUGUGACUGGGGCGGUGAGAUCAAGGUCUGGCACUGACAACCAACUAUGAACAAAGAGAUUAUAAACUUAAAACGUAGCAGGUUGGCCAUGAGAUGGAAGACUGUAUUAAACAGAAACGUCAUGUGCACAUUUAUCUUCAAGACUAUAGCUUUCAUAAUCUCUUGGCAAAAGAUAAGAAGAACUUGGCAAAAAAUGCUGAAAGUCAGCAAAUCUACUAUCUACUGAUUCCUUUGGAAAACAUUUUUUUACACUGACUAUCUUGCAAAGCUUUCACAUCAUAAUAAAAAAAAACUAACUCGAUUUCAGUCGCUAUGGUGUCAUCUCACUUUAAGAGUUUUAUUCAUAUUUGUCCCAUCUGUUCACAUCCUGUAAUCUUGGUGGUUGAAAUGAAAACAGUUGAAGUUACGCUGUAUGAGAUCAAAGGAAGCUUCUUUACAGUUAAGAGUUCAAAGAGUGAACUAUUGUUAUGGGUUUUAUCUAAAGUGGUAGGCGGUGGAAAAGUAGUCUAGCUGCACAUAUGCCCACAAAAACACCCCAGUGCUUUUAUAGUCCUACCUUUCACCCCAAAUACAGCAGGGGAUUUCAUCAUCACCGUAGUCUUUAAGGUUUUGUCAAAAUAAAAAUAAAAACAUCUCUCUGGGUGGUUUUUAAUCAGAAGUGUUUUUCAUUCCACAUUCUGCAUACACAUCACUUUUCUUAUUCCCUUUUCUUCUCUCUGGCUCUGAUAUGACAUUUCCUUUCACACUGCAUCAAAGAAAGACAACCAGAGAACUAAAAAAACAUGCCAUCAUCUGUCAAAGCAUUGCCAAGUUCUCCCAGAGUCCUGCCAGUCAACAGCAUAGCAUUGAAAUGCAGAAGCUUGUGAUCUUUAUUCAGUAUAUAUAGUAGAAACAUCCUUAUCCUUGUUUAUAGGGAAAAAUCUAAUGUGUAAAUAGUUUCCCCUGUUUUGUAACGCCUAUGCUUAUUUUACCUCAGUUAAUGAUACAGAAAGCAUCAUUGUAGUUGUCUUUAAAAGGCCCCUAAAUGAUUUUUAAAGCAGUUUUUUUUUAAUUAAUCUGCAUCUACAUACAUAGUCCACCGUAAGAAUAAGAAGAAAGAAUGCCAUCCUGUGGAAAAACAUACUGUUCCCUUACUACUUCCAUAGGAAAUAAAGUAGAAGCCAGGUGCUGUUAAUCAGAUGAGUUAAUGAUCAGGAAGUGCGACCACCUCAGUAAAAGCCCAAGAGCUACUACUAAAAGUGAUGUGGCAGCAUGACGUCUGGCACAAUGCUCUCUAUAAAGAUGGGACCAAAGUGGAGAAGUUUGGCUAUAAUGCAGAGUGCCAUGUUUGGUGAAAACUAAAGAAAGCAUAUCAGCAUGGUGGUGGAGGCGUAAUGAUUUGGGCUCGUUUGCAGCCACUGGACCUGAGGAGCUUACAGUCAAUGAGUCGACCAGUAUUCUAGAGUCAAACAAGAAGCCAUCUUUGUCAGAUGACAUACAGGCCAUGCAACAAUGAUCCCAAGCAUACCAGCACCAGAAUGGCUGAAAAAGAAAAGAAGCAAGGUGUUGCAAUGGCCCAGUCAAAGAUUGAAAGAUUGAAAGGCUGCAGUGGCACCUUAAGAGAGCUGUCCUUAAAUAAAAGCCUGCAGACCUUAAAGAGCGGAAGCAGUAUUAAUAUAUCAGUCCCUAACAAUGAAGUGAGAGACUGAUAAAGUUGCACAGAAAACUGUUAUUUCAACUUAUUGGUGCUAAAAGCGGUUCUGCAACUAAAUGUGAUAAUUAAGCCGGUUAAGGAUUUGUUAUAAAAAUUUAAAACGGUCCCCUACUGUGAACCACCAGAUGGUGGUAGAAUAAAUUACCUAAAAUAAUAUGCCUUGAAAUUUGCAAUCAAUUUCCCAACACACAUCUUUAUUAAGUAAAUAAACAUACAGCAAAAAAUAUAGAACCAUGCAUCAGACAGACAAACGUGACAUUUAAACAACAGGCCUGUUAUUCCUGGAACAGGGCUGGAGGUAGGACAGGACAGAACCACUUCAGCCUCGUCAUUCAAGGUCAAAACAUUCUAUAAAUAUAACAACAACUUAAACUAGAUAAAAAUAUUCAUAUUGUAACAACUGUGUAUGAAGUAUCUCCUUUUCUACAUUGCGCCCACAACAAAAAUACCAUUUAUAUUCUCAUUUCCUCUGCACAGUGGUUAAAUGUAAUUUCAAACCUUUUUCACUGCUAAGACCUAAACAGUCUACCAAAUAAGAGUAAAAAAAAUGUCAGUGACCUGUAUGGUGCAGUUUUAGCUUCACAAAUAUGACAUUGUCAGAAUAUUUCAAACAGCCUUAAGCCGGUUCUCAGAUGUGCGGGAGUGAGAGACGCAUAGCUUUUGAAAAUAAAAUCUGUCAGUGAUGAUUUGAGGGCAAAGUUGAGCUUCCGUAAAUUACCUUCUCUCUAGCGCUGUUCCUCUCGGCUCUGCAGAGCUACACAGAAAGCAAGAAAUCCUGGCGUGCAUAGAUGUUGGAACAUUGUCAUUUUGUACUCUUCUAUACUGGAAUAGCAAAUGGUAGUAUGAUUGUUGGGCAGCAGGACAAUCUCUCUGCAGUUGUUCAUUUAACAUAAGGCAGUAUUUUAUAAUAAGGUCUUUGACACUUUCUAUGUCUGUAUAUACACAAGCUUUGUCCAUUUCACAGUGUUUACUGACCAUGCUGGUUGAAAACAACACACUAACUGUACAUGUUUGUGUUUAGUCACUCUUUACUACCUUUUCAGUGCACUUACCCAUCCACCUUUUCUUGUGCAUACGUUGCAGAACUUCCACCAAGGCCUGGACAAUUUUCCAAUUAACUCUCCCCUUAAAGUAGUAGAACCAACAGUGUCGUUUUGCUUUUGUGUAUAUAGUGCCAAAAGUGUUAAAAGUUGGCACAUCAGUAGAAAUUUUACAGAAUUUCAUGUCAGCAAAAUCCAGUGAUGAUCAACAUCGAAAAACGUGACUUAAUCUGUCUCCUAAAACCUGUGUAUGUAUAUAUAUUAUCUGACAGGAAGAGCAUACGCUGUAACAGUAGUGCAUACAUACAGUGACAAUACAGCAGAUAUACAGUAUGUACACAGUUGUUAGAUGCUGUAAAGGAGACCUUUCUGUCCACUGGACAGGAUUAAGGCAAUUUCACAAGUGUCUUGGUUUUUACGGUAACCGCUGUGCAGUAUGACUGCUGAUGUCAUCUUAUUUUUGUACAAAUAUAUGAAAAAUUUCCAGUUGGGUAAAAUGAAUGACUUAUACCUGCUGCUUUGUUUGAGUUAUAGUACUGUGCAAAAGACAUGAGCCACCCUUCUACUGACACCAUUUCUGAUUAGGCGUCAGUUUCCGGUGGAUGGGUCAACGUAAAGCCCAGAUGCAUCUCCCAGGUCCCAUGUAAGGUCUUUGGAUUUUUUUUUUUUUGAACUUGGUUCAAUUGCUGUCAAUGGGAAUCAUCUUGUUGAUGCCAAAAUACUAUUUUUUUUUAAUCUGUCAGACUGUGUUAUCGUUAGCAUUCUUCAUAGACUUACCUGAAAAAAUGGGAACAAAUGAUCUGUUUUUUGCAACAGGCCUCUAGUAACAGAGUGCCUGAAAAUAUAAUUUUGGUUCUGUGCUAAGUUGUCUGUUAUGUGUCGACACAACACUGCUUCAUCCCUUUUGUGAGAUGCUUUUUUAUUAUCAUUGAAUGAUUCGGUGAGGUAAAAUAACUGGACUGAAAAUGAAUGAAAAAAGCAACUAAAUGUCCAAAGAAAAACUUUGGAAGACCUUCAGAAA